AAGGUCGGCUCCGGUCCGUAACUGCACGUUUUUCGUUUAUCUUGAGUUUGAGGCAGGGUCAUUUGUGAGUGGAGUCAGGGGGUGAUGGUGGCGAAGGAGGGAGGAUAUCGCGCCUGCUGCAGUUUGAAUGUACCGCCGUUUGUCCUAUAAAGGCUGAACCCGCCAGCUCAGUCUGCCCAUCCGGAGCCAGGAACAGCUGCAGGACUUUAAAGUUGUCCUUAAUUGAAAAAAAGCCCUGAAAUGCCAGUGAUAAGCAAUCCUGCAGUUGAGAAAAGCACAAAGGAUGAGGGGACAGCAAGCUGUAGUGUGCGCUCCAGAAAGAGAAAGGCAGAUGUGGCUAUUUUCUUGCAAGACCCAGACGAGACCUUGGAUAGCUUGGAAAUGACCAAGAAAAAACAAUAUCAGGACAGGGGACCAUGGAGCAAUGAAAUGACAUGCAAAAGCCCCCACAAAUUGAUUCCUACACCAGAAAAAGAGGAACACGAGCCAAACCCUACCAACUACUCACACUUUGCUUCUCUCCGGUUCAGCCCAGUCAGCGUUUCUCCUCUUCCACGUCUUGGGUGGGCUAAUCAGGAUGAUGUCUGGAGGAACAUGUUAAACAAAGACCGAAUUUACCUGAGAGACAAGAAUUUCUUUCAGAAACAUCCCCAGCUGCAACCUAAUAUGAGGGCAAUCCUCCUAGAUUGGCUAAUGGAGGUUUGUGAAGUAUACAAACUUCACAGAGAAACAUUUUAUCUAGCACAAGAUUUCUUUGAUCGGUUUAUGGCGACUCAAAAAAAUGUGAUUAAAAGUCGACUGCAGCUUAUUGGAAUCACAUCUUUGUUCAUUGCUGCUAAGCUGGAGGAAAUAUACCCUCCAAAGCUGCAUCAGUUCUCAUUUAUCACAGACGGUGCCUGUACAGAAGACGAAAUUACAAGGAUGGAGUUGAUCAUAAUGAAGGAUCUUGGUUGGUGCUUAAGUCCGAUGACUAUAGUUUCUUGGUUUAAUGUCUUCUUGCAAGUUGCGUAUAUAAGGGAACUGCAGCAGUUCCUGCGCCCACAGUUCCCUCAGGAAAUUUAUAUACAGAUCGUGCAGCUGCUGGAUUUGUGUGUGCUUGAUAUUUGUUGCCUGGAGUAUCCAUAUGGAGUUCUCGCAGCUUCUGCCAUGUAUCAUUUUUCUUGUCCUGAGCUAGUGGAAAAAGUUUCAGGGUUUAAGGUGACAGAGUUACAAGGGUGCAUAAAGUGGCUUGUUCCUUUUGCAAUGGCCAUAAAAGAAGGUGGAAAAUCAAAGUUAAAUUUUUUUAAAGGUGUUGAUAUAGAAGAUGCACACAAUAUACAGACACAUAGUGGUUGUUUGGAACUGAUGGAAAAGGUUUACAUCAACCAGGCUCUGUUAGAGGAGCAGAAUAGGACCUCACCUAUACCUACUGGUGUUCUGACUCCUCCCCAGAGUAACAAGAAACAGAAAUCUGAUCGAGCAGACUAACAGUGCUUUAACUCUGUGCAUCACACUUGUCCUUUAAAUGGAGACUGUAAGCUUUUAUGAACUUUUUUUACUUGGACACCACUUUUACACAAAGUAUUUUGAAACAAAAGGCUAUAGGAAACAUGAAAAGGUCAAAUGAUCAUUAUGCUGCUAUGGAGGAUGCUACUUGAUGGAGAUCAGCUGCUCGGGGCCAAGAAAAACAGAAUGAGCUACCAUAUUAGGGAGACUGUAGCUGGACUUCAGAUGAGCUAAUCAAAGUGCAAUUUCUUUUUUAAAGAAUCUGGCAUGAGUGUUGCCUUUUUAUUUUUAUUUUUUAACUUUAAAAUGAAUGCUGCUACAUAUCUAUCUUUUUUUUUUUUUUUUUAAUAAAGAUGCUGUUUAGAAGACAGCUGUUUUUUUUUAAUAUUUUCAGCUGGUGUCUGAUUUUCCAUGUUAAUGUAAUCUUCAACAAAAGCUUUAUGAUUGGUUAUUUAAAUCUAUCUAUGCGAGACGUUCAAAAUAACAAAUUAUUUAUGUGAAAAGGGCAGCUCUGACUCUGUAGCCUGUCCAACAUCCCAUCAGAGCUCACAGUGGACCACAAGAGAUGCCUUUUGGCAAGUCUGUACUAAAUUACCAUGCAAGCUGAAGUUAAGCUAUAGAGGCAUUUCUGCCACAGUACAGUUGAGUAAUUUACAGUACAGCUGCAAUGCUGUGCUGUAUAGAAGUUGAUACAGAGGGUUGUGCAUUACUUCAAUUAUCUAAGAAAAUGGUACAGUACGCCACAUGAGUACAAGCUAAUUUUGUAUUAAAUUUGAUUGAAUAGAAUCAACCAUCACAACAUCACCCGGCAGUGCAUUCCACAACCUUACUGUGAAGAACCACCUACGUUACUUUAAAUUAAAGUUCUUCUAGUUUGAAGGGGUGGGCUCUGGUACAGUGAUCCUCUUUAUGGGUAAAACGGUCCCCUGCUAUUUGUCUAUGAUGUACUAAUAUAUUAUUAUUGCAACUUCUGGAGAUACUGUAAGUAAUAAUGUUUGCAGGCACGCCUAUACCUAAAAAUGGGAGUUUUGGUAGUAAUUCAGAUAGGUGAGGUUUGUGUGGGGGGAAAAAAAAAAUUAAGAGUGACUGAAAUAAAAAUAAGGGAUAAAUGGGCUAGAGAUAUUCCAGGCCUGGAGGAGGAGAUGUGGACAGAUGCACUGAGACAGGUCCCAGAUAUUACCAUAUCAGUUAGAGACGGGUAUAUCCAAACUAAGUUUCUAAACAGAGUAUACCUUACACCGUGUAGACUAGCGAAAAUAUAUCCUAUGGUUUCAGACCAAUGCAAUAAAUGCAACCAAGAGGUAGGAACAGUUAUGCAUGUAUUUUGGGAAUGCCCAAGAAUUCAAGGGUUCUGGGAAGGGGUUCUGCAACACGCCUCUCUAGUCUUGGAUGUCCCAAGUUUUAGAACCCUGUUGGUCUGUCUCCUGGGUGUUAUGGACAACCUGGGUUUGAAAGCUAUAGUCAAACUUUGCUACCUA